AUGAAGGGCGAGGCCGACGGGCUCCGGGAGCUGCUCGGGCCCGAGAAGAUGAAGCGGCUUGCGGACGGGACGCUGUUCGGUGGCCCUGGCGGCGGCACUUAUGCGACGGGCGGCGGGGCGACGUCGCCUGGAGGACAGCAUCAUGCCCAUCUUCGGCAAGAGCACGGCCCCGGCUUCGGCCGCCGUCGCGGAUGCCGCGGCCACGAAGGAAGACGACGCGGCCGAGGGCGCCACGGAGGCGUGAGGCGCAGCGCGCGCGCGGUGCCAUGCCGGGCCUCGUGCUCGUGUCGCAGAGGGUCUUGGCUCUGGACACACCGGCGGCCCUUCUAA